UCUGCAAAGAAAAUAGCCUAUUAACAUCUGGAUAAUGCAAAUCAAAUGACAAAUAAGGACAUUGGAAAAGGGCAAAGAAGCUAAAAAGAGCUAAAAACGCUUUUGCAUAAUAGGAGGUAUAGUCUUGUCAAUGCACACACAUUUGUGUGCAUCUGACCUACAAGACACACACCCAGCAGCAGCAGUUCACAUAAGCCUAAUGCCCAGAUUUUUGGAUAAGUGACUGCCAUGACGCAACCAGAUCUAUGGGGUCAAAGCAUUCCUUUAUUGUACAGUGAAUAUCAUUACCAUCAGGUUACUGGUUAGAUUUGAGGUACAAUAAGAUAUCGUUUGUCUAUGGUAUUAACAAAGGGGGUCUGGCCUGCUACAUAUUAACAGAUGGAACAGACUUCAGCAGGCUUUCCUCCCACGACUUUUCCAUAAUGGGACAAAAGUAGUGUCCAUCAAUAGAUCUGAUACAGUUUGGCAAAUUCCCUCCACCCAUGUCACCCCCAAUUCCCCAUUCCUACUGAAGGCCUUCUUCUCCCUCAGGAAAUCAGCACAAUUUCCUAGCUCUUUUUUCUUGUCAAUAGAUGAAAGUGCAUGUGGAUUCGUAAUUGAUACACCUAUUUUGUAUCACUGAGUUUUCUCCUAGUAUAUAAUUGUGUUUUUAGUAUUUAUAGUAUUUUAGUGUUGCUUUAUGCAUGUUAUUUGCAGAUAACUAAUUUCCAUUUAUUUUUAACCCCUUCACGCCGACUCACGCCUAUUCCCAUACUCCGUGCGGACCCGUCCCGCCAGGGACAGGACUAGGCGUGUUUCAUCUCUAACCCGUCCCGCCGGGGACGCGUAUGGCCGUGAUUUCUGUAUGGCUGUAUGUAUUACUGUUAUUGAGCUAGUUUCUUUGUAUACAGAUCUUUAUAUUGAUAAUUAUAUUUGUGCAACUAUAUGUGUACAUAUAUAGAUGUAUCUGUUCUUCAUCUUGUUUGUGUUUGUAGGCUUGUGUUUUAGUGCGUAUCUGUGGAAAUAUGUGCGCGCAACUGUUGGUGUGUAUGUGUGAGUGUGUAAGUCGGUGUGUGAAUUGUAUAAAAGUUUACUCAAGUUUUUCAUUGCAUAAAUGUUUUGUCUGCUGUGUAUUUGUGUUUCUCAGUCGUUUGUGUUGGGUAAUCUGUGCGUGCAUUUUUGCGUGUGUGUGUGUGUGUGUGUUUGAUGUAGUAAUUGUGUGUACAAGUGCCUGUGUGAAUUGUAUAUGAAUCGUAUAAAAGUUUUUGCAAGUUUUUUAUUGCAUAAAUGUUUUGUCUGCUGUGUAUUUGUGUUUUUCUCGGUUGUUUGUGUUGGGGAAUCUGUGCGUGCAUCUUUGCGUGUGUGCGUGUGUGUGUGUGUGUGUGUGUGUGUGUGUGUGUGUGUAAAAGGUUGUAAAAUUGUGUGUGUGCAAGUCUGUGUGCGAAGCCUUGUGAAGCGAGGCUGGCGGUGGUGAUCCUUCCAGGGCACAAGGAUCUUCGGGAACCUUCUGGAACCUUCCCGCGCAUACCUCACAUGGCCUUCCAUGUGACUUUCUGGACCCCUCCGGAGCACAAGGAUUGGCAAUAUCUUUGAUUGGCAAUAGAGUAGUUUGGCAAUAGUUUACCUGUACUUCACGUGACAAGUCACAUGACUCACGUGAAGAGGUCAAGGUAAUCACUCGCCAGCCCAAGACCUUUUCUUGAAAAUGUCGUGCGUCACUGCUUCGAGGAGACACCGGGUGUGCACGCACAUCUUGACGAAUCGUCCAACCCGAUGGAGAUAUUCAGCAGCCUCUUCCCAGAGGAGUUGUUUCAAACAAUUGUGGACGAGACGAAUCGGUACGCUCGACAGAACCCGCGAACCCCUUCAUCCCACAUGAAGGGGUGGGAGGACACAACGGUGUGGGAGGUCUGCUCAUAUGUCGGCCUUAGGUUCCUCAUGGGACUUCAUGCGAAGAGGUGCCAAAGGGACCUUUGGUCAACGGACCCGUUGAUGUGCUCGUCGGUGUUCGCCAAGACCAUGUCGAGGGACCGCUUCAACAUCCUUACCUCUGCCCUCAACUUCGCUAACAACGAAGGGGAGCACAGCGCGGAGGACCGGUUGUGGAAGCUGCGCCCUGUGAUUAACGUCUUGGAUUCGAUGUACCGUUCCAUCUUCGUCCCCAGAAAGAACGUGAUUGUCGACGAGAGCUUGUGGGCCUUCAAGGGGAGGCAUCAGGCCCUUCAGUACAACCCUAGUAAGAGGGCUAGGAGGGGCCUGAAGGUCUACAAGCUGUGUUCGUCCGACGGUCCAGAGGCAGGGUAUACGACGGCCUUCAAUAUUUACAUGGGGCAGGAUCGCGGUGAGUUUCCGGCGAGCAUGAAGGCCGUUGACGACCUGAUGGAGAAGGCAAAGCUGCUCGACAAGGGGUAUCAGUUGUACACAGACAACUGGUAUUCCUCCCCGACUCUCUUCCACUAUCUGCAGGCCCGUAAGACCACCGCCGUUGGCAAAGUACAUGUCAACAGGCGGGGUAUGCCCUCAGACCUGCAGGCGAGUCGGGGACACAUCGACUUCCGGAGUAGCAAAACCGGAAUACAAAAAGGUAUUAUUUUACCUGCUAGAUAUGACCACCAUCAACCGAAUCAUUGCCUCGGAGCGCUUUGGCGACUGCCGCGGCGGACAGCCACACACCAUAUUUCGAGCGUAUUGUUAUGACCCCUAUAGGCGUGACCCGUCAGGAAUGGGUUAAAAAUGAUACCAAACAUGACCAUGGCUAGCCUUUUCUGACUCUAGGGCAAGCCCCAAGGCAGGAAUCAUCAACUUUUGGCCUGGCCUGUGUGUGCUAUCUGGGGAAUUAGACUAGCUAGUCCUACAGUAUUCUUUGUCCAAGGCAUGCCCAUUUUUGGCAGAGAUUAAAAGUGUUUUGAAUCUUAACUAAUUGUAAUGUAACCAAUAACGGAAGUUUGGCUGCCAGAGUUGCCAACCUAUAGAAUACAUAUAUUUAUUCAAGAUAUUCUACAGGGAUAAGUCUGGCUGAUGGAUCAUAGGUUUGAAGCACUUUAAUGUAGGGAAAAAGCUCAGAAAUUUCAUCAUAAUUCUUUCCAUGAUUGUUGUUGUACUGUUUAGACUGAUGUCCUAAAGAUCACACUGAAAUUAUAAUAGGUGGAACAUCUAUAAACUUUCUUACAUCUUAAACUUUAAUUAUUUCACUUUCUCCGCUUGUACUUAGUUAC